GCGCGGAGGCGGUGGCGGCGGCGAACAAAGAGGCGGCGGGCACGGGCGGCCGAGGGGAGCCGAGGGGAGCCGAGCGCAGCCGAUCCGGGCCGAGCCGGGCCGGGCCGGGCCCAGGAGCGCGCGGGCUAUGCGGGCUGCCAGGCCGGGGUCGACGGGCCCCUGAACCCGGCGCCCCGGACCAGCGAGGAGCCCCGCCGCGGCCGCGCGCCCGAGGCGGCCGGCCCGCCAUGGCCGGGGUCAGCUACACGGCGCCCUGGUGGGUGACCCUCCUGCAUCGGCUGCCGCACUUGAACCUGCGCUGGGAGACCACCAGCAGCCAGUUCCGACCCGAGGACACCGACUACCAGCAGGCGCUGCUGCUGCUGGGUGCCACCGCGCUGGCCUGCCUGGCCCUAGACCUCCUCUUCCUGCUCUUCUACUCCUUCUGGCUGUGCUGCCGCCGGCGCAAGAGCGAGGAGCAUCUGGACGCCGACUGCUGCUGCACCGCCUGGUGCGUCAUCAUCGCCACGCUGGUGUGCAGCGCCGGCAUCGCCGUGGGGUUCUAUGGCAACGGGGAGACCAGCGACGGCGUCCAUCGGGCCACCUACUCGCUCCGCCACGCCAACCGCACAGUGGCAGGGGUCCAGGACCGCGUGUGGGACACGGCCGCCGCCCUGAACCGCUCCGCCGAGCCCAGCCUUCAGAGCCUGGAGCGGCAGCUCGCCGCGCGGCCCGAGCCCCUGCGGGCGGUGCAGCGGCUGCAGGGCCUGCUGGACACGCUGCUGGGCUACACAGCCGCCAUCCCGUUCUGGAGGAACCCGGACGUGUCCCUGGAGACGCUGGCCGAGCAGGUGGACCUCUAUGACUGGUACAGGUGGCUGGGCUACCUGGGCCUGCUUCUGCUGGACGUCGCCAUCUGCCUGCUGGUGCUGGUCGGCCUCAUCCGCAGCUCCAAGGGCAUCCUGGUUGGGGUCUGCCUGCUGGGGGUCCUGGCCCUGGUCAUCAGCUGGGGCGCACUGGGUGUGGAGCUGGCUGCGUCUGUGGGGUCCAGCGACUUCUGCGUGGACCCCGACACCUACGUGACCAGGAUGGUGGAGGAGCACUCGGUGCUGAGUGGGGACAUCCUGCAGUACUACCUGGCCUGCUCGCCCCGCGCCGCCAACCCCUUCCAGCAGAAGCUGUCGGGCAGCCACAAGGCGCUGGUGGAGAUGCAGGACAUCGUGGCCGAGCUGCUGAAGACCGCGCCCCGGGAGGCCCCGGCCACCAAGGACCCUCUGCUCCGCGUCCAGGAGGUGCUGAACGGCACGGAGGUGAACCUGCAGCAGCUCACAGCCCUGGUGGACUGCCGCAGCCUGCACCUGGACUACGUGCAGGCGCUGACCGGCUUCUGCUACGACGGCGUCGAGGGCCUCAUCUACCUGGCGCUGUUCUCCUUCGUCACCGCGCUCAUGUUCAGCUCCGUCGUCUGCAGCGUGCCGCACACCUGGCAGCAGAAGAGGGGCCCGGACGAGGACGGGGAGGAGGAGGCCGGCCCGGGGCCGCGGCAGGCGCAUGACAGCCUCUACCGCGUCCACAUGCCCAGCCUGUACAGCUGCGGCAGCAGCUACGGCAGCGAGGCCAGCAUCCCGGCCGCGGCCCACACCGUCAGCAACGCCCCGGUCACCGAGUACAUGAGCCAGAAUGCCAAUUUCCAGAACCCCCGCUGUGAGAACACCCCCCUCAUCGGGCGCGAGUCCCCACCACCCUCACGGUAUCUGGCUGCCCUGGACUCUGGCAGCCACACGGGCUGGCAGUUUAAGCCCCUGGACAGUGCCCGAGCGCGGUGGUGGCCGUGCCCUCAGAGUGACAGUACACGUCCAGCAUGAGAGCCAAAUACCUCGCCACGAGCCAGCCUCGCCCCGACUCCAGCGGCAGCGGCCACUAGACCGCCAGGCUGGCCACCGCCCCACGUGCCAAUCACCCCGUCGCCCCCAGGCCAGCACUGCUGCUCCCGCCUCCCUCGGGGCUGCCCGCCAGGCCCGCCCUCCCCUCCCUGCAGGAGCCUGGAGUUCCCGGCGGGGACCCCGGCGACUCGCCCGGACACCUAGCCCCACGCCCUCCGCCCUCCCAGGGUUCAGGUUCACAGAGCCCUGCUCCGGGCCACACGGCCGGCGCUGCGCCCCGGGGACCCUGGAACUCUGCAGCUUCCGCCUCGCGGCACCCUCCUUCCCUCCGCAGCCCUGACAGACGCCCUGGGCCACGGCGUGCCCUGGUGCCGGCGCCUCCUCGCUCCGCUCCGCAGUGCGUCCCCCCUUCUCUCCCCUCAAGGGGCCGCCUUUGCUGCCUCCGCCCUGCAUCGCUCUCUCCCUCAGCCGCGCCGGACCCUCCACGCCGCAGGAGGGCGCCAGGCGUCACGCCCAGCCCGGGCCGCUCACCCAGUGCUGGCCGCCCUCUUGGUGCCAAACCCCUCCCUCUCCCCCCAGACUUGGCAGCUGGUUCCAGUUCCCUCUUGCACUAACCACACUCAUCAUCUCUAGGGCAGGCGGGCCACGGGGCUGCCGGCGAGCACGCUCCCCCUGCCCCCUUCCGCCCAGGACAGGUGCGGUGUCCCGGAGCCUCCUGUGAAUGAGCCCAGCCCCUGCCGCCCCCGGGACUAACCACUAACCUCACCCCGGCCACCCACCGGGAUCCCCCGGCCAGGCUGGCGCGUGGGACCCCGAGUCCAGGACAGCUGGCCGGGAGUCCGGCCGGAGCCUCCGGUUCUUCUCGGGUGCUGCUGCCGGGGACGUGGGGGUGGGGGGCGCAUGGGCACCUGCCCGAGGCCCCGAGAGCCCCCCCAGGCCGGUGUUGCCCCCGGGCGGACUGAGGGCUGCAGGACCGUGGUCCCUGUGGCCUCGGCCUCCCUACCUGUGAAGUGGGAGCGAGGCUCCCUCGGGUGCUUUUGGCUUCAGUGUACAAUGUUUGCCGUUUCCUGCCGGGGUGGGGAGGGCCAGCCCCAGCUCUGGCGUGGCCGGCCUCUCACUGAGGGGCUGGUGCCGGCUGAGGCCUGUGAGGCCCCCGGCCGGGGUCCCGGAGAGGGAGCCGGGCAGCGGGCCGGGCAGUUUACAGACCAGGGGGCGCACGGGGCAGCAGCCCACCUGGGCCCGCCGCGGAGAGGCCGCCGGCGUCCCUCUGGGACCUCCUUCCUCUGUGCUGGUGUCUGGGACCAAACGGGCGGGCAGGCCAGGCCGCACCGGCCCCGCCCGGGGUCGGCCUCCGCCCUGGGAAGGGAGGGGCGUGAGUGGACUCACACUGGGCUCCUGGGAUGGCUGGACCUCGCCCUUGCUGCGCUGCGGGGCGCUGUGGGGUGCUCUGGGCCCCCAGGGGCCGGGCCACAGCCUGCUGCCCCUUGUGCCCUGGGCUCCGCCCUGCGCCAGUGGCCGUGGCCUGAGCAUCCAGGCCUCCCACCAGGAGGGCCCAGCCGUCCUGCGGUGCCCACCUCGUGCUCCGCACGGCCCUGGCAAGGCCGCCCCAGGCGCAGUGGGUCGCGGGGGCAGCAGCCCCGCCCACGACCUGUGACAACGUGCAGCCCCCCCCACCCCGCCACCCCGUGUGGGCAGGGUGUGCCCGCCCGCCCUUGACGCCCUCCCGUCCCUCCACUCAUGGACGCUGGACACAGGAGAAGGGAGGAAUCCAAGGGGUCAAAGAUGAGCUUCAGCCGUGCGGGGGGGGGUCCCACGUUGGUUUUACUUUUGUUCUGUGUUGGGGCCUCUUCCUGGCCGUCCCCCACCCUGCGAACCUCCCCACAUCCCCACGCCCCCACACCAGCCCCCCGCCCCACGAACCUCUCCACACAGCCCCACCGCCGCCCCCGUGCGCCCUCGGCCCCUCUGGCCCUGCAGCGUCCUGGGGGGUGGGUGCUCGACCGUGUGGGGGGCAAGGAGCCCACAAAGCCCCCCGGGGCUCGGCCCCUACAAGGCUGGGUGAGCCGGAGGCGGGGUCCCCUGGGACACCUGGCCUGCGGGCCCUGGCUGCUGCCCCAGGCCGGGGCAGUGAGUGGGAGGCCUGGUCGGAGGGCCCUGACCCUUCUCCCAUCCACACCCACCCCAUCUCACUAUGCAAUUCCAGUCCAAGCCCCCGCCCCUGCCCACCCCGGACCCCGCCCAGCCCGGAGGGAGAGCAGGGGGCAGCCCCCGGGGGCCCAGCGGGGGGAGGUCUCGGUUCAGCCACAUGUCACACGUUUGCCACACACGGUCUCUCGAGAUAACUUCACGGAGACUCCACCCCUCCCGGCCCCCUCCCGCCAGAUUGAAUAUCCGAGCUGACUGGGGACAGAGGCCUGAGCCACAGGUCACUGACCUCCGACCUCUGACCUCCCCAGGGCCAUGGCUGGAUGUGCUGUCGCUGUGUUUGUUUUUUCUUUUUUCUCCCCACCCCAAACUGGGCCUGGGGCUUAAUUUUUAUAUCUUUGGGGCUUUAUUUUUCUUGGCAGAUACUAAAACCUCGUCAAUAUAAUUUCCGUGGUUUCUAUUCAGCUUGGGUUUCAUGUUUUAAAAUAAACAAAUUUUAAAAAACA